UGUGGCUUGUAAGUAUUAAACAAUUGUCGAAAUUUUGUUCGAAAUUGAAAAAAAGAGGCGGGAGAGUGGGCGAGUCGGCGAUGGUGGCGCGCUCUGCCGAAUGGCGCGGCAAUUUCGAAAUGGGCCAGAGAGGGGCGCGGCGGAGGGUUGCGCGAGGGAGGGGAAAACGAGGGUGUUCGGCGUGUUUUGGCCGGGACGCUUGCGUAUUCGCGAGGGCGGUGUCGGUGGUGGAAGGAAGGCAGCAGUAGCAGCAGCAGCAGCAGCAGCAACACCACCAGAGAAGCAGCAGCAGGACGUUUUUGAGGCUUCGUGCCUCACUUCCUUGCUCGCUCGCUCGCUCACUCGCACGCUAUUAUUUCUCGUCUCGUUCGUCGUUCUCGACGACGACGUGAUUCGUUUCCUCCAUUUUUAUCGUCGUCGUCGUCGUCGUCGUCGUUGUUGUCAUCGUCUCUUCGUUUACGUCGAAUCUACUUUUUCAUCGUCGUCAUUUAAAAAACCGAAUUUGUUACACACGUAAACAUAUAUUUAUAUGUAAUACGUAAUAUGGAUAUGUAUAUAUUAUAUAUAUAUAUUGUUUGAAAAAAAGGAUAGAGAUCAAAAGAAAGAUAAAAGGAAAUAACAAACAGGGGUAGUAGUGCCGGAGAGUUCUCGUUGUCGAUGUCGUCGCGUAUCGUCGCGUUUCGUGCACGUUCGUCGCUCGCGCCACACUCGAGAACGCGUCGUCGUCGUCGUCGUCGCGAGAAGGCCGCCUCUUCGUACGGUCUUCGGUGCGACACUCGACAGUCGUCUCGACGCCACGAACGAGCGCGCUUCUUAUUAUUCCUUCUUGCCGCUUCCUCCUACAAUUCUUCUAGCUUCUGUUACUCCACUGCCAUCACCGCUGUCGCAACAACCCUAACAACAGCAAUCGUCGACAACAACAGGAAAAUAGACUGAAGUUCUAGUAGUAAUAUUCAACGGAAAUAACAAUACAUUGCCCAAAAUCAACCGUGUCGACUACUACUACUACUAUCGUUCUCACAUUUCGAUUUAUUUCAUUAUUUAUUAUUCUCUUAUUAUUCAUUUUCAUCGCGUGACACACACGCGCGCGUGUCGAUGCACUCCUACUACUAUCAUAAUUACCACCACUACCACCACCACCACCACUACCACCACCUUCACCAUCAGCUGCCACCGUUGGAAGCUCGUUGCCGCGGCAGGAGGCAGCACAGCUCCACGCAAUACACCCUUCUACAUGGUGGAAUUUAAGGUUAUAAUCUCGACGUGUAUUAUUUUUACGCGUUGAUACGUCCACCUCGUCGUUUGGCUUCUUCUUCUUCUUCUUCUUACUGUUAUCGCCUACUACUACGUCGACAACGUCGUCAUCGUCAUCAUCGUCGUCGUCGUCGUCUUCGUCGUCGUCUUCGUCGUCGUCAUCGUGGACAUCACAUAGCGUAUCUGCGAGUAACCGUCCACUCACGGCUCUUUCAAACGACCUCACAGCAACACGGCUUAAGUUCGAGAACUGAGGGGUCAGGAGGGUAAGAAGGCGAGAAGAAAUGAGGUGGACGUGACACAAUGACAUGAUGAAGAGCCUGGUGGGGAUCAUGUGGAUAGUGUUGGUGCUCAUAUCAGGAUGCUCAGGAAAUCCAGACGCAAAGCGACUUUACGACGACCUCCUAUCGAAUUACAACAAAUUGGUACGUCCGGUGGUAAACGUCACGGAUGCCCUCACCGUCAAGAUCAAGCUCAAACUCUCGCAGCUCAUCGACGUGAACUUGAAGAAUCAGAUCAUGACAACGAAUCUUUGGGUCGAACAGUCAUGGUACGAUUACAAAUUAAAAUGGGAUCCGAAGGAGUACGGCGGAGUGGAAAUGUUGCACGUGCCAUCCGAUCAUAUAUGGAGACCCGAUAUAGUUUUAUACAACAAUGCCGACGGUAACUUCGAAGUAACAUUGGCCACCAAGGCAACGUUAAAUUACACGGGAAGAGUCGAAUGGAAACCACCGGCGAUUUACAAGUCUUCCUGCGAGAUCGACGUUGAAUAUUUUCCUUUCGACGAGCAAACCUGCGUUAUGAAAUUUGGAUCGUGGACCUACGACGGUUUCCAAAAACGAGAAAUUCUACACGUGCUGCGACGAGCCCUAUCUCGAUAUCACAUUUAACAUCACGAUGAGGCGGAAGACACUCUUCUACACGGUCAACCUCAUAAUACCAUGUAUGGGUAUAUCAUUUCUCACGGUACUUGUCUUCUAUCUGCCGAGUGACAGCGGCGAAAAGGUCAGCUUAUCUAUUUCGAUUCUACUAUCGUUGACUGUGUUCUUCCUUCUUUUGGCUGAAAUCAUCCCACCCACGUCGCUCGUUGUACCUCUUCUUGGUAAAUUCGUCCUUUUCACCAUGAUCUUAGAUACCUUCAGCAUAUGCAUCACAGUGGUAGUACUCAACGUUCACUUCCGUUCACCACAAACUCACGUGAUGGCACCAUGGGUCCGUCGUGUCUUUAUCCAUGUCUUACCAAGAUUACUCGUGAUGCGCAGGUAUAAUACGACUUCGAAGAGAACCGAUUACGAUUCCAGGCCGCAGUAUCCUAUAGAUAAACGUAGUAUAAGCGGACAACAUGGACAACGCGUGAUGGUUAGAACAUGCAACGGUCUUGAAUUAAGAGAUCCGUCUAUGUUCGUUGAAACUUCGGCUUCGGAGUUGGUUGAAUCCUCUGUUCUUUUUCCGAGUUUAGACUCGCAAGAUGAAUUACAUCCUCGAGAAUUAGAAGCGGUAAAUCUAGGAAGUGCGUGUCGUAUUCAUGGUUCACCUGCAACCACUGUGGCACCACCACCUCAGCUCCCAACGGAGGAAAGCGUUGAUGCACUUUGCAACACGCUUCAUCAUUGGCAUCACUGCCCAGAAUUGUACAAGGCCAUCGAAGGCAUUCGUUUUAUCGCCGAACACACGAAAAGAGAAGAGGACUCUACAAGAGUUAAAGAAGAUUGGAAAUACGUUGCCAUGGUGCUCGAUAGGCUAUUCUUGUGGAUUUUUACAUUAGCCGUGGUUGUCGGUACGGCUGGUAUAAUAUUACAAGCACCGACCUUGUAUGAUGAUCGCAUCCCAAUCGACGUACGACUCUCCGAGAUCGCCUCCACCACUGCCAAGCCACACAUCGUUCCGAGCCUCUGAGGGCCAAUUGCUAAUUUAACCCCUUUACCCUUUGCGUACACCUACGAACAAAAAAGACACACACCUAUUAUAAAACAGAACAAUGUGUUGUCAGAAGUAACGACUGAAAGACUGAAGUCUCGGUGAGUCUUCGACUUUUAUUAACGAUUAAUUCCUUAAGCUCGUACGCGUUUAAUCGUACAUAUAUAUGUUAACAUAUAUUUAAGAGCUUACGUGUACGACGAGCUAAGAGAGGAAUAGGAAA